GACAGACUCCAGCAGCCUCAGCAGGUUCAGAGGAUUUAGGAUCUGGUUCCGGUCUGUGGUUCCUCCUCUCAGGGUUUGGUUGGUUCCCGGCAGCAUGUUCGGCUCUGUGCUGCUCUGCUGCUGCUCCUUCAGUCUGCUCCGACUCUCCUCUUCUCUGGUUCAUGGAAACCUGCAGCUGGACGAGGGUCCGGCAGCCGGACGCCGCCCCGAAGCGGCCUACCUGCUGGACCUGGACAGAGGCCACGCCCCCGACGCCGUGCGGGACCCGCCCCUCCUGCCGGUGGACUCUGCGGAGGAUCCCUUCCUCAUAGAUGCGGGGUCCUACGACGAGGCCUCGCCGGCGGUGCUGCAGCUGCAGGGUCGCGCCAUGCGCUCGCCGCGGCGCUGCAUCCCUCACCAGCAGUCCUGCCUGGGCUCCUCGCUGCCCUGCUGCGACUCCUGCGACACCUGCUACUGCCGCUUCUUCAACGCCUUCUGCUACUGCCGCCGCGUGGGCCACGCCUGCCCGGCCAGGCACACCUGA